AGGAUUUUGUUUCAAAGUGUAGAUGGUAUUUUAAAAUGAUUUUAAAGCUGAUCACAAUGAUGGACGUACAUGAGUCACUCUCAAGCCUCCGUUCACACUAAUGAAUUUCAGUGCCCCCACCUCCACAUGAUUUGGGACCAACCCCCACGUAUCAAAGCUUUGAAAGCAGGUUGUGGCUACUUUGUCAUGUGCUCUGUUUUUGAUCCCAUGCAUAAUCUUAUCUACAAACGUUUUGUUUCAUCCAAGUCCACACCGCUUCCUAAAUAACCCACCCAGUUUAUCCAAACUCGAAAAAGAUCGAACUACCGUAAUUGCGAACAACCAGCUUGGCCAUGUGUGCGUAAUAGAGGAAGCUCUCAUCUUUAUACAUUGACACGAUUGAUUUAGACUAGUCCUUCUUGCCAAGUAUCAGCACCAGUCAGCACAAAGACGAUCUGACUAUCUCCUUCACUUGUCCCGUAUAAAUACCAGACACCCGUUACUUGUUCAGGCCCAAAUGUGAUUACCCAAAUCAUUACUUUCACAAAAUUACAAACUCUGUUCUAGAAGGACAAUUCAGUGAUGGCUGGUGAUGGUGUUGUUGGAGAGGGAAAGAAAGUCAAGAGACCUGCACAGGCUAGUUCAAGGAAAGGGUGCAUGAGAGGCAAAGGUGGCCCUGAAAAUGCACUCUGUACUUACAAAGGUGUUCGACAACGAACUUGGGGGAAAUGGGUUGCUGAAAUUCGUGAACCCAAUCGUGGCGCACGGCUCUGGUUAGGUACUUUUGACACCUCAAAUGAAGCUGCGAUGGCUUAUGAUGCUGCUGCUCGCAAACUAUACGGACCGGACGCGAAGCUCAACCUGCCAGAGUUGCACGCCAACUCUCAGUCCGAAUAUCAAACACCUUGUGUGCAUACCCAGGUUGCUCAAUUGGGAACCCAAAACCAAACUCCAGUCCCAUGCACUUCAGGUGCCACUAUAUGUCGCUCUAAUUCAAACCCAGUUGCCAUACCCAUUGACAAUUCAAUCAACUCGAUCAGGCAACCAGAAACAAAUCAUGUGAACCCCGAGCACAACCAUCUGGUGGACAUUUGGGAGAAUUUGGAGGUGAACUUGCCAUCGUUUGACGAUUCAAUUUGGGCAGAAGCGGCAAUGUCAAUAGAUAUUCAUAUCCCAGUGAUGGACAAUUCAGGCGUUUUUGCUGGCAAUUUCACGGAUGGUUCCAGUUGGGACGCGCUGCAGACUCCGUGGUGCAUGUGAAGGCACUUUAUUGAUUCGUGUUCGAAGCUAGAUUGCAUCACUUCUUAUAGAAAUAUAGAACAUGUAUCCAUUGCUAGAACACAGAGAGGAAUUAAGUGCAUAAAUAUAUAUAUGUAUGUAUACGAUAUAUAUACGAAAGACACAUGGGGCUUUUUGCUGGCUUUAUGUCGUCUUAAUGUACAAAAGAAAUGCUCUGUACAGUAUAAACUAUCAGUCUCCGUUUCCACCAUCUAGUUUGCGUAAACUCUCUAUA